AUGAGAACGGUGUGUGAAUCACUUUCUUCAUCCACUCCCUUAAACAAUAAGGACAUCGAUGAGGAGUUGAAAAUUCGUUUUAUGCUUUACAUAGCAGUCGGAAUAUUGGUGUGCAUAUCAAGCGUCAUCUGUAUAUUUGUUUUCUCUUCGAAGGACUUCAGACAAAAAUACAUUAUGUACAUCGCGCUCUCCGUGGGAGAUCUGAUCAACGGUGUAUCGCUUCUAACUGCUGGGAUAUUUCGAAAUCUGUUGCUGUUCCAAGGUCAAUUUUUCGUCAAAUUUACAAAUAUGGAAUGUCUGCUCCAUUCUCCGUGGGCCAUUCUUUUCCUAUUUGCAGGCCAAUUUUCCGCUCUUAUCAACUUCUUUAUUGCUUUGGAACGAGCAGUGGCGCUGCAAUUCGUUGGUUGGUACAGAAUAAUAUGGAAAAAUAGCUAUAAAUUAUAUCUAGUCGCAUUUUCUGCCACCCUUACAGUGCCACCCACUAACGAUGAGCUUCGUCGACAGCGAAUGAUGCUAGCAAUGACAGGCUUCUAUGUCAUUUUGGUUUCAAUUCCAAAUAUCGUUUUGAUUGCAAACGAAUGGGCAACUACACAACUGGAUGCACUGGUUGUAGGCAUCUUCUAUUGUCUUUAUGGAUUCCAAUCUUUUCUAUCGCUGUUCAUCUACAUCGUGUUUCGGCCGGACUUCCGUUUACGACUACUUUCGAUGAUUCGUCGCCCUAAGUCUCCUUCUAACUUUAGUGCACCGUUUCACAACACUACUAGAAUUAAUUCUGUACUCUAA